AUGUCAGAUAGUAGAACGGCACAGCAGCAUGCGAUUAUGACUGAGUACGACCUGCCUCAUGAGCCUGAAGAGAUGGAUGUACUACCAACUCCACCGCCACCCAAAAAUAAAUGGGAUAAGCUUUAUCGGAGCUCCCUCUUUCAAAUUUGCGUGGUCUCCGCUCUUGCUUUCUGUGGACCAGCAAUGGCAGAUGCUAUCUCUGGCCUUGGUGGGGGAGGACAAGCGACCCCGUAUACUGUCAGUGCCGCACAAGCAGCUUCGUACUCUGCGACUGCUCUCAUAUCCCUAUUCGGAGGUCCUCUCGCUUCUAGGAUGGGUAUCCGUCUCAUGCUCAUUAUUGGUGCAUCGACUUUCGCAAUAAACGGUUCGGCAUAUUAUGUCAACUCAAAGUAUGGUAUUCAAUGGUAUCUCAUUUUUGGACGUUUCCUUUAUGGAUUAGGAUUCGGAUUCUGGUACGUCGCUGAAGCGGCUAUCAUAUUGAGUUACCCUGAAGAGGGUCGACGAGGACACUACCUUGCCAUUUGGGUAGGCGCUCGUAAUCUCGGACAACUCGUCGGUGGCUCUAUCGCUCUUUCCAGAAACGCCAAGAACGCAGCCGCUGGAGCUAUCGCUACUUCGACUUAUCUCAUUUUCGUCGGUAUCGAGGCAGUGGGUUUCCCAGUCAGUUUCCUCAUCUGUUCGCCAGAAAAAGUCAGGAGAUCGGAUGGAGUACCUAUCUUGUUACCCGCUAAGAAGCCAAUCAAGACAGAAAUGAUGUUGUUAUGGAAAGCCAUCAUCCAUCCACGAAUGAUGCUAUUCGCUCCCAUCGCGUUCUACUCUUACUUCUUGGGGGGUGUGAUGUCUACCUACCUCGCCAAUUAUUUCUCAGUAAGAGCCAGAGCUCUUUCGUCUUUUGUUGUACCAGCAUCCAUAGUCAUUUUCACCGGAUUGUACGGUCGUUUCGUUCUUGAUAAUAAGAGGAUGAACCAACGAACUAGGGCUCAUGUGGGAUUUUGGGUUUUCAUGAUACCCUCAAUUGCCACUUUCGCGUGGAUCUGUGCGAAUCAAGCCAAAUUCUACGCUAUGACUACAGCUCCCAAGCAUGAUUGGGAUUCUUCAGGAUGGGCCGUAGCAUACCUUCCCUUGCUUAUUCAGCAGAUUUGCGCUUAUCUCUGUCAAUCAUACAUCUACUGGCUUAUAUCAUGUUUCGUUGUCGACGUUCAAGGGAAUGCUCGAAACGGAGGCAUUUUCAGAUGUGUAGAAGCUGUCGGUCAAGCUGUUUCUUACGGCAUCAAUUCCAAUGUGAAAGCCAAAUGGGUUCCCCUUGGUAUCAACUUUGCUCUUUGUAUACUUUGUAUAUUCCCUACCAUGAUGGUGAUUCAGACAGUCCCUGAAUACCGGGAAGAUGCUAAGAAUAAGCCUAGUGAAAUCACAUAUGGUGGAAAGAAUGACGAAGAACACGGAAUGAAUGAUAUGUCUAAAAAGCUUUAA